AAAUGAUUAAGAGAAAAUUCUGUUGAAUGUUGUUUCUCAGUGACCAGUUGGAUUUUGAAAUUUGUUCUCUUUGAAAUGAUUUUAAUUUUCAUCGUUAUGGUUUGCAUUAUGGUGAUGAUCAUAAUGUUUUUCUUGAUUUUUCAAUGCACAUUCCUUGAUCAACCAUUGUCUUGCCUAGAUUCAAAUCAGCAAAAUGACAUAAUGCUUAAAUCGCCAAUUAUUAUGGAUAAUAAUGAUUAUGGAAGUAAUCAAAACCGAUCCAAACUACAAAGUCAAUUUCAAACCAAAACAAAAACAAAUAAUAAUGAUGUAUUUGAACAAUACAUACCCAAAGCAUUAUUAGCCAAUUUAAAAGAAAAAGAAAAAAUUGAAUUAGCAUCUAUGGCCAUAUUAACGGCGCCUAAUGAAGUACAAUUAAUGGAUCAGCAUGUAUUUCAACAACAACAACCAAAACGACCAUCCUCAAAACCAGGAAUGUUUUCCAGCACAUCCUCAUCAACGAUAACGAAAUGGACAAGCAAUAGCAGCAAUAAUAAAAUAAAUUUACGGUCGACAUUGGAACAACCACAAUCGAGUCCAUUUCAUUCAAUGUCUACAGCUUCAUUUGAGCCAAAAUUUUCUCAUGUAGGAUCACCAACUUCAAUGAUGGGCCCAUCAUCCAAUAUUCAUUCUGAUAGGCGUUUAAUAUUGAUAACAUCGACACCAGUUAUGUUCAAAACAAAUGCAAAACUUUCAAAAAUUAGUGAUGAAUCAUUGAUCCAAUCGCGCACGCAAUCAUCAUUAUUAUCAAAAAGCCUUAUAACCGAAAAAAAAUCAAAAGAACGAUCCAAAAUUCAGAGUUAUUGUAGUCAACCAAGAAAUAAAAAUGAUAAAAGUAAUGACUAUAAAGGCAAAUUGAUUGGAAUUCCAAUGAAAACUCGUGUUGUUUCUAAACAACAUCCAAAAGAAUCGAAUGUAGAGGAUAGUUAUAAAUCGAAAAUUUACUCAUCAAAUAUCAAUAAUAUUAGUCAUCAUUCUCGGCCAUUAACAUCCGCCCUAACAUAUCGGUCGUCUCAACCACGAAUUGCAUCAAACCAAAGCAGCAACAAUAGCAACAACGAUAGUAAAAUUGAAUGGACAAACAUACGUUGACACACUUAAUUUGAUAACAAAAUAAACUAACCAAACAUAUAUAAUC